AUGAUUAGAACGAUUAAACCAAAGAAUGCUCGUUCUAAGAGAGCUUUAGCAAAGAAAGAAGCUAAACUUGUGGAGAAUCCCAAAUCUGCAUUAUUUGUACCUGGAUCCACUGGUAAUAAGUUUUUACAUGAUGCUAUGUGUGAUUUGAUGGCAUUGAAGAAACCUUUAGCUCAAAAGUUUACCAGAAAGAAUGAGAUUAGACCAUUUGAAGAUGCUUCAGAUUUGGAGUUCUUUUCUGAAAAGAAUGAUACUUCAUUAAUGGUAUUUUCUUCUCACAAUAAGAAAAGACCAAACACAUUGACAUUUGCUCGUUUCUUCAAUCAUAAGGUGUAUGACAUGUUAGAGAUGUCUAUUUUAGGAACCCCCAAAUUAAUUCAAGAUUUCAAAAAGACUACAUUCUCUUUAGGAUUGAAACCCAUGUUUUCUUUCAAUGGACCAGCAUUUGAUUCUCAUCCAGUUUAUCAACAAGUGAAAUCUUAUUUCCUUGAUUUCUUUAGAGGAGAAGAAACCCCCUUACAAGAUGUUGCUGGAUUACAAUAUGUGAUUUCUAUUUCUGUUGGAGAAAUUGAAGAUUCAAAUUCUACAACACAACAACUUCCACUUGUUCAUUUUAGAGUUUACAAGAUAAAAUCCUUUAAAUCCGGCCAAAAGCUUCCUAGAAUUGAACUUGAUGAAAUAGGACCUCGUUUUGACUUUAAAAUCGGUAGACGUACAAUUCCAUCACCCGAAAUUGAAAAGGAAGCCUUGAAGAAACCUAAGCAAUUGCAAGCAAAGGAAAAGAAGAAUGUUUCUACUGACUUUAUGGGUGACAAGGUUGCACAAAUUCAUGUUGGUAAGCAAGAUUUGAGUAAGAUGCAAACAAGAAAGAUGAAGGGUUUGAAGGCCAAAUAUGAUCAAGACAGUGACUUUGAUGAGGAGAAUGAAGCUGAUGUGAUUUCAGAUUAUGAAGAAGACCAGCCUUCUUCAAAGAAGAGAAAGGUAUAA